AUGGACAACCCCAACGCCCAAACCCCGAUCCUCCAGCUGCCAUCCGAUGCCUUCCACGCCCUCGCCAAGGAGCUCCCCGACCACGCCAAGGUCCUCUUGUCCCAAACAUGCCGCGGCAUCAGGCACAUGCUCCAGAAGGAGAAGAUUGUGCGAGCGCUCUCAGGCCCCGAGCACGUCAGGCUCCUCGUCCAACUCUCCCGCGGCAAUCCCAGGGUCUGGGCAUGCGCAGAAUGCAAGAGGAGGCAUCGUGUCACCGAGGGGGAUCUCUCGGGAAACAGUCGGUUCUCAUCUUGCCCCAAUCGCAAUCGGAAGUUCUCACAGCGUCGCGAGGGAGUGUUCACGGUCAGCUACGCCCGGGUCCAGCUGGCAUUGAAGUACUCCCGGUUCGCAAUUGCCAAUGAGAGGAUCAGCUCCGACCUCGAGAAGCUCAUGAGGCGCGAGAGCAGCAUCCAGAAAAUCAAGCACAGGCGUCGCCACGCGGAAUUCGCCUUGUACUCGCGCCCGAGGGUGAUUGACGGGAGGUUCCUGGUGAAGUACACCUGGAGAUAUAAACUGGGCACCCUCUCGUACAUGCCCUCAAAUAUGCCGUCCAUAAUAGUGUGCGAUCACCAGCGGCUCGCACCACCGGCCGAGGGCGUCGUCUGCGAGGAGAGGACGCAGCUCGUCCGGGCCGUGCAGGAAGCGCUGUUUGGUGACCGAAAAGGCGUUGAGUACUGCGGCAGCUGCCCCUUUUGCCCGACCGACUUUGCUGUCCGGGAUUUUGACCAUUGCAUGCGCAUUGACGCCUGGAAAGACUUUGGGCCCGAAGACGGUCCCAGUAAUCCCACCUGGAUGUCUCAUCACCUCUCUCAAGCUCAGCGGACUCCCAGUGAUCGGGGAAGGGUUCGCCGGCUAUAUUAUGAGAUUGAUUAA